UCGGGAUACCUCCUCUCUAUUCGUGGAUUACCUUCACAAGUCUCGAGACGAGGGAAGGUUUUCCAUCUUUGCUUUUGUCAAUUGAGUUACUGUCGUGGAAGCCCGGAUAAUUCAAUACGUUAGCACUUCUCAGCCAAGAGGUCAGUUGACUAUUUUCUGCCACCUCGGACGCAUUGCCAACUGUCCCACCUAUUUAUCCUUUGUGAAGACUCUUGAUAAAACAUUCUUUGACAGCUAGAGUUGACGAAAUGACUCCCUCAGCAACAGAAAUUCUGCCUGUUAUGGCAAAGGUGUCAAAAGCCAAUAUUGGGGUGUAUACAAAUCCGGAGCAUAAGUUGUGGGUUGGGGAGGCAGAGCCAUCUGUCGAGAGCGUUGAGAAGGGCGAUUCUCUGAAGCCAGGAGAAGUGACUGUUGGUAUCAAAAGCACCGGUAUUUGCGGAUCAGAUGUACAUUUCUGGCACGCUGGUUGCAUUGGCCCUAUGAUCGUUGAAGGCACGCACAUUCUGGGACACGAAUCUGCAGGAGUCAUCUUAGCAGUCCACCCUUCAGUCGAACAUCUCAAAGUCGGAGAUCGAGUGGCUAUCGAGCCUAACAUCAUCUGCAACGAAUGCGAACCUUGCUUGACAGGCCGAUACAACGGUUGUGAAAAAGUCCUCUUCCUCUCUACUCCUCCGGUCCCUGGACUACUUCGCAGAUAUGUCAAUCACCCCGCCAUUUGGUGCCACAAGAUUGGAGAUAUGUCGUUUGAAGAUGGCGCAUGCUUGGAGCCGCUGAGCGUUUCGUUGGCAGCGAUGCAGAGGUCUGGUGUCAAGCUUGGAGAUCCAGUCUUGAUCUGCGGUGCUGGUCCAAUUGGUCUGAUCACUCUGUUGUGUUGCCAGGCUGCCGGCGCUUGUCCGCUGGUGAUUACAGACAUUGACGAGGGAAGAUUGGAGUUCGCAAAGAAACUAGUUCCAACCGUCACUAUCUUCAAAGUGGAAAGAGAGUCUGCAGAAGCAUCUGCCAAGAGAAUUGUGGAGGCUUUUGGAGAUAUCGAGCCUGCUGUUGCGUUGGAGUGUACUGGAGUGGAAAGCAGUGUAUCUGCUGCAAUUUGGGCAGUGAAGUUCGGAGGAAAGGUAUUCGUGAUUGGAGUCGGGAAGAACGAGAUGACCAUGCCCUUCAUGAGAUUGAGUGUUCGAGAAAUCGACCUACAAUUUCAGUACAGAUACUGCAACACAUGGCCACGGGCAAUUAGACUCGUGCAAAGCGGUAUCAUCGACAUGAAGAAGCUGGUAACACAUCGUUUCCAACUUGAAGACGCUAUCAAGGCCUUCGAGACAGCUGCCAAUCCAAAGACGGGGGCGAUCAAGGUGCAGAUAAAGAGUGAGGAUUGAGGUUGUGCAUAGGAGGCAACAUUAGAGAUGUGUUAAUAGCAUUUAGAAUUGUCAAUAAUGCAAUUGUACUUUCCAGU